AUGGAAAUAAUUUUAUUUCAGGCAUUCUUCAAUUAAUAAUUGCGGAGAUUCAAAAAGGAAUACAAAUAUAAUCAGAAUCACUUCACUUAAAUGCAGCUACUAUUAAUAGCUAAUGAUCUACAAUAUGAAAGAUAUUAUAUAGGGUUAAAGUAAAGUGAAAUAAGAAAUGAACUUUUUCGAUUGAGUGAAAAAGAAAGGUUGUUAAGAGAAGUAAUCUAAAAUAAAAUAUAUACAUAAGAAAGGUUACCAAGAUAGAUUUAGACUAGCUUGGAAAAAAUGUUAAUGUGGAAAUGAUUGGACGUUCAUGCAUUUGACUCUUUAUGAUUCCAAACUGAAUGAAGAAUUUGAGAAAUUUGAAGAGGAACUAGAAAGUUACUUACUUUCUGGCUCUUAAAUUUACUUAAUGUAGUUCUAUUAAGAUUAUAUGUGUGAAAAGAUCUAAAUCCUUAAUGAGAAAUUCUAUGAAUUAAUCUAGAAAAAUUAUAAGCCAAGCGAGGAAAUGGAGAUUGAGUGA